UUUUGAGCACGCACGUGUGUGUAUUUGUGUGUGGGAGUGACUCCCUUGUAUAAAAUCUCUUUACGAGGGACACAGAAACAGAUACCAUAUAGCACAGUGAGAGUGUGUGUUGUUCAGGUUCCUCUUUAUUUGUUACUGAAGACAUCUUGGCAAAAAAUAGCAAAGACAGUAGGAAACUGUUCGAGUUCGGAUAACCAUGAUGUUUCCCCGCAGCGUUCUGCCGUCUCCUUUCUACCCGGGCUUACUGCGUCCUCCUGCUGCUCUCUCCUCGCCCCUGACCCGGUCACUCCGCUCAAGCUUCCUAGUUGAAGAUCUCCUCCGUUUAAGCCAGCCUGUAAGUUACAUACAUCGGACUUUCUCUUCAAGACAUUUCGGGGACAUUCUCCCGCUCAACCCACAGCCAGGCGCCUCUCCCCGGGCGUUAGGACCCAGCACAGAGGGGUCUGUGCUUCAGAGCUCCGUCCAGCAGACCCGCAGCAGCCCUGGCUCUCAGCGAACUGCCUGCACGGACUCCGGCUACCUCAAGUUCGGCGUCAAUGCGAUACUGGCACCAUCCAUACGGAGCGUCCAGAGUUUUCAGACUAAGUCCUUCCCUUUGCCUUUCUUUGAUGGAUGCCUCCAUCCUUUCAUCAGAGCUACCUAUUUCACAGCUUCCUCCUCUGUGAUUCCUGUCCCAGGAACGUUUUCAUGGCCACUGGCCCCCAGAGGGAAGCCCAGGAGAGGCAUGCUGCGGCGGGCUGUGUUCUCAGACCUCCAAAGGAAGGCCUUAGAAAGAACUUUCCAGAAGCAUAAAUACAUCAGCAAACCAGACAGGAAGAAACUUGCCAGUAAACUGGGACUUAAAGACUCCCAGGUGAAGAUUUGGUUUCAAAACCGGAGGAUGAAAUGGAGAAACUCCAAGGAGAGGGAGCUGCUAUCGACAGGCGGGUGUCGCCAGCAGACCCUCCCCACCAAAACCAACCCGCACCCAGACCUCACAGAUGUAGGUAGCACCUACGGCCACAGGCUUGACGGGAAUGCACCCACGAGCCAAGUACCGCUGGAAAGCCGGGACUCACAUCUUCACCACCACCACCACCACAAUCAUCAUCACAAUCCUUCGUUUCCCUUGGAAUCCAGCAAACAGUCAGAGCUCUCAGAGUCAGACAGUGAAGAAAUCACAGUUUCAUAAGACCUUGAUAGAAGAUUCAGGUAUCUGAUUAAACUUGAUUCUCUUUAUACAACACUAUAUCAACUAUAAUAGGAUACUGUAAGUUGUGAAGCAAACAAGUUGUUGAGACACAAACAAGUUGUCAGUUGUCACAAAGAUUUAUCAAAGAAUCUGGUGAAUGGAAAUAACAGAAGUGUCUGAAUCUGCUCUAUACAUAGCUGUAUUUUCUCAGCCUUUCCCCCUCAGUGCCAUAUUUGUUGUUUGUAUUACAUUUAUAUGUAGUUCAGUAUAUCUACAGUAUAUACAGUAAAAAUAUACUGAGAUAGAUUGAAAUGUUUAACUCUUAAAUAUACAAAUUGUUCUUUCCAUACAUAUUUGUAUCUUUUAUAUUUUCUCAAAUAAAUCUCGAAAAGUCUCA